UGAAAAGUGGUACUGCAGGCAUGCUCGCCCAACGACUCCCGUCCCCAUAGAGACAAGCUCCUACAACCGCUAAUCCACCACCCUCAGCGGCAGCGAUGCCAGCAAACAUGCUGGCAAGCUGCGGCUUUAUCCGGAGAGGCCGGAGAUUUGUGUCGCGGGGCGGGGAGGAGUCCUCGUCAUCUCGGCGCUAGCGAGUAUGCUCCAGUACCAACACAAGAAAGCAGCAGAGCGGAGACGGAGCUAAUGUGUUCCUAAAGGAUGGAUGUGGCGGUGAGUGCUGGGCAGGGGGGCAGCACCAGGAGGAGAGCAGAGGAGGAUGGCGAUGCAGGAGGAAGCAUGGAGAUUUUGGUUGUUCCACAGGACCUGUACGACUCUGCGAGGGCCAAAAUAGAAGCAAAUCUCCGCUGGCUGUUGGCCAAAGCUUAUGGCAUUGAUCACAUGCCCGCGGACCUGCACGAUCCUUUUUACAUCGACCAGUAUGAGCAACAGCACAUCAAGCCCCAUGUCAUACACCUGCUGCUCUCUGGGGAGAUAUAUUGCCGUGUGUGCAGACUCAUCUUGCGUGGCGAGCAAGUUGCCUCUCUCCAAAGCCCAAAGUCUGUGCUCCAGGCCCUCUCUUCAAGGGGCAUCCAUGUGCUAGACUCUGAGAACACACACGUCUCCGCUCUGGAUCUUAGCUCCAUUCCUCUCAGGAUGAGCUCCCACAUGCACCUGAUUGAUGCCCUCAUGAUGGCCUAUACAAAGGAGAUUAUCAGCGUGGAGAAGGUGGUGUCCAGUGUCAAGCGUUUCUCCAACUUCAGUGCUUCCAAGGAGCGGCCGUUCGAUCUGGAAGAUGCCAUGGUCUUUUGGAUCAACAAGGUUAACACGAAGAUGAGGGCGAUCUCAGAAAAAGAGCUGAAGAUGAAGCAGCACCUGCUGGACUCACCAAGCCACCAGAAGCCCGAUAUAUUGCAUGCUCUGGCCCAUUGUCUGUUGGAGCCCGUGGAGUUCUCUCGUGUGGUGCGCUAUCGCAGGGAUCACCUGUCAGGACGGGCACUUCAGCACUUCCCCCUGGUGGAUGAUCUGUGUAAAGAUGUGUGUGAUGGUGCAGCUCUUCUGGCCCUCAUCCACUUCUAUUGCCCUGAACUCAUUAGACUUGAAGAUAUCUGCCUGAAAGACGUCCUUUCAAUAGCAGACAGCAUGUACAACAUCCAGCUGAUGAAUGAGUUUUCCAAUGAAUACUUGAACAAGUGCUUCUAUCUUAAGCCAGAAGACGUGCUGUAUUGUCCUUCAGUGCUUCGGAAUAAUGUGUUGGUGUUUGUCGCAGAGCUCUUCUGGUGGUUUGAAAUUGUAAAGCCAGACUUUGUACAACCCAGGGACCUUAAGGAAGCCAGAGAUGCGAGGUUACUGCUCCAGCCUAAGAGCUCUCGAUCCCAUGCGUCCAUCUCCAGUGUCAUGAAACGUAGUUUCCCGACGACAGUAACUGCUGCUGAAAUCUUGACCUCAUCUCCAAACCCGGACCUCAGCACUUUAAAAAGCGCUCCAAGCACUCAUCACUCUUUAGUGCCUCUAAAACAGAAACAUCCGUGGGGAGUUGAGGAUGAUGUUACAGUGAGGAAUCAGUGUAACUCUCUAACACGUACAGAUAAGCAGCGUCAGAGUUCAUCACAAGCCUGGUCAGAGAGGAGGCAGAGGCCGUUAUCCCAACCGGCACCCUACGCCCUGCAUUUUCCUACUUCGGAGGAGAAUGCAGACACUAUCAGCCUUGCUCGGUCCAUCAGCAAAGACAGCUUGGCUUCCAAUGUCAUGACACCCAAACACACGCACGGUCCAGGUCGUCAACUGCAUCAGCACCGACUCAGUGGGCAAAGCCUCCUCAGUCACAUUUGCAUCGAGGAUGAGGAGGAGAUACUAGAGGAGGAGGAGCUGGUUGCUGUGAUGCACCCUUCUGCUUUCCCCAGACGUUCACUCAGGACAGACAUGGAACAGGAUGAAUUAGAAAUACCUUCUACGACCACACUCAGGAGGAUUUCUAACGAUAAUUGCUCUCCUUGUUCCGACAUGGGCCUUUUGACCCCUGACUUGCAAGCGGACAGCUACUACCUGGAGCCCCUGAUGCCUGCCAUUACAAAGCCAGCCAAAGAGAAGAGCAUCAUCCUGAACAAGGAGGAAGAGAGUGGGGAGAGUUGGUCCAGGACAGCGCAAGUUGUCGUUAAAACAACCCCAGAUCUUCCGCAUAAAUCACUACGGAAAUCUCCAGUGUUUGAAUGUGGUAAAUUUACCUUUAAACCUAUACCUGUGGUAGAAUCUGUCCCAACCACCUCUCUCCUGUCGCCAAGACUAGGGUCAACUUCUAUGCCAGUGAAGAAACAGCCUCAAGGCUUUUUCCUCCACUUAUCUGGAGAGCCAGACUGUCAGAGUCAUCUUUCCUCUGACCCAGAGGCAGGGCUAGAUUCUGACUCGGACAUUGCAGAUUUUGAAGAUGACGAAGAGGAUGUCGAACUGAUCGAACAGAGAGGAAAGGGAACUGCUUUAUUGCGAGGACAGUUGUGUGAAUUUUUAGAUGUUGAGUCUGUCAAGCUAAGAGAAGACGUGAAAGUGAGUGAGCGAGACAAUAAGGAAGACAGAAGUGGAUGCUCCAGCCCGUGCCUCAGUACUGUGUCCUGUGCGAGCAGCUGCAGCGCUUCGGGCAGCGCCAGUGUCAAAAUGACCAGCUUUGCAGAAAGAAAGCUGCUUAAGCUCGGCCUCCAUGACAGUUUCUCCAGCACUAGCAGCUCGCAGAAAACCACACCCGAAUACUCUGACAUUACUCCUUGUCCUCCAUGGCAGUUGAAAAGUGAGGGUAGUCCCGGAUGGCAAGGUAAAGACCCUGGUUUUGUGGUGAGAAAGACUAUGAUGGCAAGUCCUCCAGUGGUGCCUUCAGAGCUGCUGCAGCUUCACAUGCAACUAGAAGAGCAAAGGCGUGCAAUCGAGUACCAAAAGAAGAGGAUGGAGACCUUGUCAGCGCGGCAGCGACUGAAACUAGGAAAAGCUGCAUUCUUAAAUAUCGUAAAGAAGGGUGAAGGGAGGAGUGACACACUUCCCCUACCUCUCAAACACUCGCCUUCUGCGGAACUAUCAGAGGCUGAAAAAGAUAAGGUGCCCUACUGCAAGGAUGACUCCUGUCUUGGGGUUAUAAAUGUUCAGGCAAAGACAGAAGGAAGAAAGAUGAAUUUGGACAACAGGUUGAAAACCUUAGCUCAGGAUAGGGCUUCUGAAUCUGACACAAAUGACUGCUCCCACUCCAUAGAUCUCCUCAAUGAGGCAAUCAGUGCUAUUCAGCAGCAGAUGGUGCAGCUCUCACUGCAGCAAGACUUGCUCAUGAAGAAGACUGCGGUCUCACCUCCAGAACAAAAAGAACCAGACCAGAAAGCAGCUCCUAACACAAUACCCUCUCCCACUUUAGACUCUAAAUCAUUUGCCGUCCACUUUGUUGACUUCAACGACAGCAGUUCUACUCCCACUCGUUGUCCUCCCAAGCUGAGCUCCAGCCAGCGAAACAAAACCUCUAAUCCAAAGCAAAAGAAUGGCAGGCUGUCUGAAACUGAAGGUGCAACUUCACCAAGGGAGAUUAGAAGAGGAGGUCAGGAUGCUGGAGUUACCACUGAGCUCUCAAGGCAAGAGAAAAACUUUCGAAGACGCACAACCUUCAGAAUCCAUAAUAACCAUGGCAGCACCAGAGAGGAACCCUGUCUAUCUCCUGUCAAUGCUCAGCCACAGGAUGCAACAGUUGCAAACAUGACUGCGUCACACUCCGCAGAACAUGUCGAGAACAGGGCUGACAUCUCAGAGACUGAAUCUGCGGGUGGAGAAGAAAGCACCAGGCUCAGAAGUCAACUGAUUGAGGUUGACCUUUCCGAGCCGAAGGAGUCCACGGGGGAUGCUGGUGUUAUGACGGACGACACAACAGAGGGCGAACAGAAGAAUGUGCUUGGUUUUUUCUUUAAGCAUGAAGAGAAGGCAGAGGAUGAGAUGGCCAAACGCCGCGCGGCCUUCCUCCUCAAACAACAGCGCAAAGCAGAGGAGGCAAGAUUACGUAAACAGCAACAGGAAGUAGACAGCGAACUGAAGCGCGAUGAGGCCAGACGAAAAUCAGAAGAAGAUCGAGUUCGUAAAGAGGAGGAGAAGGCCAGACGAGAACUAAUUAAGCAGGAGUACCUGCGUAGAAAGCAGGAGGCGUUGAUGGAAGAACAGGGUCAGGUUAAGCCAAAACCCAGAUUUAAAUCCCGCAAGAACAAAUCUAAAUCUUUGCACCGUGGUGACUUUACUAGCCCCUGUAAAGGAUCAACAACAUCUGAUCUAAGCUGCGGUCUUCGAGGAUCCACGUUGUCUUUGGCUACAGAGGUGGACAGUGUCAUCUAUGGAGAGGCCGAAUCACAGAGGGCAGAGUCUGUCUGCUCGAUGGAUUCAUUCCCUGUGCUGAGUCGAGCCUCCAGCAGGAAUAUGGAGCGGGAUUGGGAGAGUGGCUCCAUCGCUUCCUCCAUCACUUCUACCGAGUACAAUGGGCCCAAACUGUUUAAGGAGCCAAGCUCCAAAUCCAACAAGCCCAUCAUCAUCAAUGCCAUCGCACACUGCUGCCUGGCUGGAAAGGUGAACGAGUCCCAGAAGAAUGUUAUCCUGGAGGAGCUGGAAAAGUGCGAGUCAAAUCAUCUCAUCAUCCUUUUCCGUGACGGCGGCUGUCAGUUCCGCGCUGUUUAUUCAUACACACCGGACACUGAGGAGAUCGUCAAAUUCACCGGCACUGGGCCACGUGUCAUCAUUCACAAGAUGAUUGAACGGCUCUACAAAUACAGCUCGGAUCGCAAGCAGUUCACCGUCAUCCCGGCCAAGUCAGUGUCUGUCAGUGUCGACGCCCUGACCAUCCACAACCACCUGUGGCAUGUCAAGAGGCCAGGUAGCGCGAGGAAGAAGUGAGAAAAGGGAAGUGGACACUGUGUAUUUCUGUUUUGUUGGGCCGGACCCAAUAACUAUAUGACGUGUUCAGAACAAGCAAUUAUUUUUUUUCUAAUAUGAAGUUUUGUUAUGUAUUCUGUAUUUGUUCUGAACACAUCACAGAUCUGGCUGCCAUGUUUUGUUUUCACUGUCCGACUGUAGCAAUGUCUGAGAAUAGGAAACACAGCUGAAUGCACUAUUUAUUGUUAUUUUAUUAUUGUUCUGCAUGCCACACUUUUGUUUUAGCCUGUAGGUACAUCCUGCAUUCUUUUGGCACUCCUUGAUGGACCGAUUGUCACUUGCACAUGAUUUGGACCUUCAAAAAAAAUGCUGCUGGACUUUGGCCCCGUCGAUACAAAAGUGCAACUUGAGAAGAGAAGGUAGUGAUUCCGACUUUUGACCAAAAAAAACAAGGUUUGUUGUUUCUAUUCAUGGUGAGGAUAAAAGUUUCUGAGUUGUGCUACUGAUAACUACUUUUAUGGAGGUGAGACUUUCACAAUGUUCAUGAGUGGGAUGUUUGCUAUAGUAGUGUGUGUUAUGUCUCUUUACUAUUUAGCCUCCUGUUUGCAGAAGUAAGGAACGUUUGGACUUUAUUUGCAUUUUUCAUGGAAGGUCUGUCCUGCAGUAGACAACACAGGCAACACAAACCUAUUCUGUUUAUUUAAAAUAUGUUUGUUGCUGUUUCCGGGAACGUCACAUGUUCUUGGAGUGCAAUUUUCAAUUUUGCGACGUCUGAGAUCCUUGACCUGCUGUCAAAUGUUUUGUCACCUCUUAACUGGAUUCACUGGACAACAAUUAAUGUUUUAAAUGUAGCUUUUAAUGCUCAUCAAGCUGCCUGGUGGUUUCCCUUUAUGACUGUCAGUGGAACAUGAUGGGAAAAUAAUUACAACUUCAAAAUACUUGAUAUUCUUUUGCUGCAUUUUGUACAGUUUUGAGUAGUAUAUUUUGUACCAGUUAUGUUUACUAAAAUAACGAAACAGGCUUUGUUAUGAGUUUAUUCUGUUACAGUCCCAUUUCAUUGUAUCCUAAUUUAAUUUAUUUUGAAAAGCUGUAUUAAAAUUAAAAUUGACUGUUACUUGUUACCACAAAAUUGUUGUUGUAAUACAGAAGAGUUAAAAAACAAGCUACACAGUACAACACAUUUAGGGGUGAGUGACAGUGAAAAAAAACUCUGACUCGUGUCAUUUGGCACCACCUGCUUCUUUGUCAUCUAUAAAUAUCUAAACUCUAAAUACAGAACUUUUUUCAGAAGAAAAAAUAUCUAAUAUAACAUAUGAAGUACAGGUCAUUACAUUAAUAAUUUACAGAACGUGUUAAACAUUUGGACACAACUUCUCCUUCAAUAGCAUGAAAAAGUGUUCUCAAACUUUUGACUGGUACUUUAUGUCAAGUAAAACCAUUUUUAACAUCAAAAUAUGCAGAACAGAACAGAUCAAAUACAUUGCUAGUGGCUCAGUAUUGCAUUUAGUCCUUGAGCCUCGUAGAAACGUAGAUACCAAUCAGUGUUACUCCUCCAAAUUAAAACCUCAACAUUAGAGGAUAACUAUACGGCUAAUGCCCAGCUACAAAAAUAUGCCUUAAAAUCCUUAACACUUAAAAAAAAAACUUGUGGUUGCACAGAUUUUUGUAAUAAAUAGUUAAGGAAAGCUUAAACACAACGUGUACUGUCAGUCCAGCUUAAAUCGAUUAAAAAUUAACAGAAUCUUAAUUCUUCAUUUUACCAAGACCUUUUGGACAACUGUAUGCGUCCAACUUGUGGCAAGGAGGGACCAGCUUUUUCACUUUGUGUAAGUACAGUAGUCAAAUACUUUAGCGUUUAUUUUACACAGAUGCUGAGCUGGAUGUUCACAUACUUCACCUGAGGGAUCUCGAAGCUGUAACAAAAUCAAUCAGAAUACUGCUGUAUUUUGUCAGUGUGAGGAGUUCACUAGGUAACCUGCUCCAAAAAGAGAAACUCAAAAGACUGCAUUGCUGGUUUGAUAGAGUUUAAACAUGUCCUGGAGAAAGCAGGCCUCCAGGUAAGACCAAGCCAUCAGUGUUGUGUGUCUUCUCUGGUCUCAAAGCUGGACUCGUGCCUCUCUUUCAGACUGCUGCUGUGGACUGGAGGCUCCUCAGGGACGUGAGCCAGAGGGUCGGAGCGUAUCAAGUACCUGAGGUACAAUAGAGGGAGAUUUUUAUGUUACUAUUUUGUCUUGAUACAUAGUAACAUAAUUCUCUGCGGAAAAUGUUAAUUGCACUUCUGUAUAAAAGGGACAAAACGAUGCAAAAAAUAAGUAAUGCUUACACAACAUCAUUAAGCUCCAGACGGGUGUCUGGUGAAGGGUUAAUCAGGACAUAGGACAGGGUGUUUUGGUGUUCGUUCUGCUCAUCUAAAACAAAGUUCAAUCAGAAAACUGAAUCAAAAUGCAGGCUAUAAAUGAACAAACACUACCUUGCAGGUAUCCCAGAUUGACUCUGUUCAUGACAUCACAGGCUGUCAGAUUGUUCAAGUCCUCUAAAGCAAUACGACAAGAAACAGAUACAGUUGUAGUUAAAGUUUUAGGAUGCAAACUUGGUUUUGCAACUGAUAUGGCUCUCGAAGAGAGUUACCAAGGGUUCUCACCAUAUCCUGAGGUGGGAAGCCCUAGAUGCCUCAUGCGGUUGCGCACCAGCUCAGAAAGCUCCUCCCGUUCAGAGCGUCGGUAGAGGUUGAGUCGUUGCUGGGCGAUGCGUUGGGCAUUGUCCUUGGUGGAGUCCCGGCUCGUUCCCUGCCACCGCAUGCUUCUCUUACUCAGACGACGCGCCCAUUGCAUGCUCUUCUUCCUAAGCAGAGGGCGUUCUGACUGGUCGUUGGGGCGCUGGGACUCUUGACUCCGGUCUUUUGUGUCCUCACACUCGUUGACAGAUGCCUGAGACUGAGAAAGACUGGUUUGGAACUCAAAACGAGCAUUUUACAGAGAUAAUAUUAUCUAACGUUUUGAUUGCUGCUAGUUUGUUAUUUCCUUAACACAAUUAUGCAAGACCUUCAUAACCCAUUUCCAUAAAGGUUUUAAACAGAACAUGCACUUAGAAUGAGUGUAUAUGUUGUUUUGAGAAACUUGCUUCAGAAUUGGAGAAAAUGUGGGACUCUGUCCGAUAGAUCCCUAUUGGAAUUUCCGCACUGGAUGAGCAGAGUUUCUGGAAGAGUCUUCCAUAAGUACCAAUCCAUAGGUCUCCCUCUGUUACUUUCAUCUGAGGUACAAAAGAAAGAAGAUUACAAUAUUGACAAGAAAUUAACGACUACUACUUUUUUAGAAAAAUUAGCAUUGGAAACAACUAAGGUAUGUUUCUUAGCUGAUUAACCGCAGAAGACUCUGCUUAAUUGAUUACCAUGAUCUUAAAAUUAGCAUCAUAACUGCUUCUCUGUUGUCAGCGAACAUGUCCAAUAUUUGACACAUUUUUUCCUAGCGGGUGUGUGAGAGACAGGCAGAAAAGCUCUGUCUUGCAAGGGGGAAAAAUCAUUGGGUGCUACCUGCUGAUUUG